CUCUUCAGUUCAGUCCGAGUUCCCAAGCUGAUCGGGUUGGAGCAAUGCCGAACAUUGCAGUUAUCGGUGCGGGGGUAAAUGGUGUUGCCAGUGCCAUUAAGAUACUGGAGCACUUCGUGAACGAGGGACAGACACCGAUAAGGCUUACAAUUAUAUCGGAGGACUUCACGCCGAACACCACAGGAGAUGGUUCGGCGGGUCUCUGGGGUCCCUACCUUCUCGGCGGCACUUCACAGUCGAAAGUCUACAAGUGGUCGAAGAGCAUGCACCAGUUUCUGGAGCAGAUCUGGCUGAGCGACGAUGCCGGAGAGGCUGGCGUCUGUCUGCUGCCCUGCAUUCGGCUGAGCACCUCGACGGUGGACACGGUUGAGGAUUUCUGGCGCGACAUUGUCUAUGGAGCCGUGGAUUUGUCCAAGGAACAACUGGCUGCAUACAACAAAGAUCGCAGCGUUAAGUUCACGUCAGGCUUAUCCUUCGUUACCUACACCUCGGAGCCCAUUAAGCUACUGCCGUACUUGAUGAAGCGCUUUGUCCGCAACGGAGGUGUAGUUGUCCGUAAAAGGAUAACGGACCUGGAGGCAUUUGUCGCCGACUCCGAGUACGAUGUGAUAGUCAAUUGCUCUGGAUUAGGAUCCAGGACUCUACUGAACGACGAGCAAAUGUACGCAGUACGUGGCCAAGUGUCCCGGGUGAAGGCGAACUGGAUUUUCUCGUCCGUGCUGGACGAGAGUGAUGAUGGCAACUACAUAAUACCCAAUACCGAGAGCGUUGUCCUUGGCGGAACGCAUCAGGAGCGGGACUACAACACACAGGUCUGCCAGAAGGACAGGCGGAUGAUUGUGAAUGGCUGCCGGCGGUACAUUCCGGGUCUGGAGCACACGGAGUGCCUUUUCGACUGGGUGGGUCUACGACCAGGUCGCAGCCAACUCAGGCUGGAAGCCGAGCGCCGUGGGCGGAAACUGCUCAUACACAACUAUGGACAUGGCGGCAGUGGAGUCACUUUGUGCUGGGGCUGUGCGGAUGAUGUUCUCGAUAUCCUGUUGGCCGCCAAGAACGGCUCCAAACUAUGAGUCACUUGCCGACGUAAUAAAAUACCAUUUCUAUAUUAUUUCAGUCUA